GGCGCCACCGUUUGCAAUGUUUGCACGCCCUGUUAGUUCACAAUAUAUGCACAGUAACCAGGCAGAGAUGACUAAUUCCCUCUUUCCUGCAGACGCUUUGUCGAGAGUUUGCUCACGCUCUCGCUUGUUCAGUGAAGACGAGACAUGGAGAGAAAAAGGAAAAUUAUUUCAACUUUAACCUUUUCUAUAGGUUUGGUUUACCCCUCUCGAACACUAAUGAAAUAAUGUCAAGGCUAGGGUGAGGCAGCCUCAUCAGGUAGUAGGGUUUCAGCUUGCAGGUAUAUUCAAUAGUGCGACGUAUGCAGCAGACCGUGCGAGGAAUGCACUGCGUUGAGCACUUGAAGGGAUGGCGUACAUGUACGUUGCAUACAUAGCGGUACUGACUUUGAUGCAGACAUCUGCUACUAGCGCACAGGACUGCAGUGUAGAUGUGUCCUUCUGGAACGACACCGCCUGUGAGAGGGGGAUAGAGGUGGCUCUGUAUUCCAGAUCUUUACCCUAUUGCAGGGCCCAGUCGAGCUUCCCCGCCAAUUUGACCCUCUACCAGGACGACGUUGAGCUCAGCGAACGAGUCGUGAUUGAACGCGAUGAGGUUAGUCCGGGGAACUUCCGGACGGGACUUUAUCACCGGACCGACUUCACAGCCAAAGGCCAUACUGUGUUUGAGUGUUGCGGAUCGUUAAUCGAGGGUCCAACAGACUGCCUUGGAAACACGUCAUGCGUUACCUGCCGUUUUGAGGUCACGUAUUGGGACCUCUCUGUGAGUGCGUCCCCAGCGGGCCCUGUCCCGGAGGGCGGAGAUGUCACACUCAUCUGCAUCAUCGACAGCUACCCAUCCUCUGGCGGAUGGGUUCAGUGGCAGUACAGUGUCGAUCAGAAGUCCUCGACGGCACUCAGCGAACCGAUAUAUACCGUCGCCAACCACUCCUGGCCCCUCUUACGGGUGUCCCCAAGCCUGGGUGGCUGGUACCGAUGCGCCGGGAACAUCAAUAAGACCCCAGGUUUUUGGCUCCUCGACGCAUUUUCUGGUUGGAUUGCUGUUCAGGUUCACUCUAGUCCCAUUGUGGUCAACGAGAAUAGGACAUGGGUUGGCGCGAACGACGGCUAUACGACCACCUUGGAGUGUAUCAUCCGAGGCAAUCCCCUACCCACGGUCACCUGGUACGGUCCGAACGGCAUCACCCUGACCAACAACACAGUUCCUAACCGGGUGUCAGUGAGAGGCACCAUUAGCGGAGAUGCAGUUUUGGGAUUUCUCGUUAAAAGUCAAGUGACCAUUAACCCAGUGGAGACCAACAACGAUUAUGGAUUGUACAGAUGCAGAGCCUCAAACAGCAUCGGUACAUUCAACGAACUUGAAGUAGAGCUAAAAGAAACGGGAAAACCUGAACCGCCGUAUGACUUUAGAGCAUCCGUGGUUCAGGCUGUUGCCAUCACAGUCACCUGGCAUCCCGGCUACAAUGGAGGCGAGGAGCUGCAGUCCUAUUACGUCAACUAUCGCGAGAUUUCGGGAGAGUUUGACGUAUCGGGCUGGAACCGCCGCGAUCCACAUAGUCGCUCUGCAGAAUACGGGAACCUAACGCCCGACACACGCUACCAACUGGCCGUGUACGCUACCAACAAGCACGGCGACAGUCCGUAUGCAACGCACGAAGUUUGGACGAGGCCUGAUACACCAACGGCACUUGGUAUAACAGUUCUGUACAGCCCAGGAAAAGAAACAAUUGUCAUAACCGGCUUGCCACAGGACAGCGACAGUGGUACCUGCCUGAGGCUCGAGGGGUACGACUACCGCGAACACAUCCACGUGAGUCUUGGGCUAGACCUGGACUGCAUCCAACGCGAUGGCGAAUUAAGAUACUCCACAGAGUUUAUCACCGAGAUACAGUCUCGAUACUGCCGGGACGGACUCUGCGGCAGCCGGUCGGAAGCAAGGAACAUUGACAAAUACCCACUCACGUCUCCUCGACCUUCGAGCACGGGACCAGCCGAGAGCGGGAAUGAUGGUAACAAUGUGGCCAUAGCCGUGGGUGUUUGUGGAGGUAUUGCAUUCCUGGUAGCAAUUCUUGUGGUCUGUUACCUCUACAAGCGUCACAAAAGCCAACCUUCCAGUGGUAAUAAAUACGAAAGCAGCACGAAGAAGCCCGAAACCAGUGUUUAGAGAAGCGAAGCCUGUCAACAUGGAUUCAUUGGCAAAGCUCAGCACCCGAUAAGUUCACACAUCACAAAACGACAAUCGGAUCUUCCACGCAAACCUCGAAUGCACACGACAGAAUCGUUUUGACCUUUCUGCACGAUUUGGAGACUGUUGGCUCGUCGAAUCACUGCUCCUCACCCAAAUAUGACUAUGCCAAGACAAGAACCAUGAAAGCCCGCGUGACCAGACGAACGGCCCGGGAUAAAUUGGACCGGACAAUUUUGAAAUAGUGGUGAUAUGUAUGGUACUUGGCGUUGUUCAAAACCACUAAGAGGAAUCAUCAAAGUGAUAAUUUAUUCAUUUGCAAACCACAAAUUUCUAGAGCACCUGUAGAGAAAACAUGUUUUCUCCGAAUUUAUUGUUUGGCAUGCACAAGGGUUUAUUCACUACAAACAGAGGCUAAGGGUUGCCCUCAUUUUCUCUGUUUUCUCCGAAUGACGCAAUCUACAUUCAGAAUUCGAAUCUAAUUAAUUGGCAUGGACAGAAAAAAGCCCUUUUUAUAGGUUGUUAUAGUUGAGUUCUUAAGACGAAUGAAACUGCGUUCGAUUAGGAUGCUUCCGUAUUUAUUUGAACAGAUAAACUUAGAGAAGACAUGUUUCCUAAGUGGUGCUCUUUAAGUUCAAAUGCAGUGUGCAGUGAAGAUAUUAAACGUGGUCGAGGCAAUGGCGUACAAAGGCGUUUCAGGCAGCUGCCAAGCGACCCGCAUCCACCCACAUCUGUAGAGAGAAGACAAUAUCUGUUUCUUCUUAUGUGGGUUUUUUUAAGAAGCAGUUACACUUUUAGAAACUCGUGUUUGGAGAAAGAUGCCUUGUUGUGACACUCCAGAACACAACCUAGCUCGGUGUCAUAUAAGAUUGUUUAUUGCUGUCAUCGUGUUUAAUGGUACGAGCUUUUAAUUAAUUGCAUGUAGUGAAUAGUGAUGGGCAUUAUGUUCGGCAGACACUUAUCUUCAUGUAGUCCAAAACAAGAUCAGCAUGAUGUCUGUCUAUAGUUUGGAAAAGGUUGUUUUGAGGCUCUUCGUAUAGAUUGAGCGCGAUGUACGUAGUUGUGGUCGUUGCAUGUUGGAAUGACAUCCUUUGGCUUUUAGUAAUGGUCAGUCGUAUUGUCACUUUGCAUUAAUUUUUUUAAAAUAAAUUUACACGUUACUGCAAUUACGCAUUAAAUGUGAAAGUGGUUAUCCAACUGUACAUCAUAUCUUAAGUUUCAGAUGUCAGUCCCAUUACGGUUAAUUGGGGUCUAAAUCAUGUAUCUCUCGUGCAUCAGCGCCCAUAAAGAAUGGCCCUGGCCGAAGAUGAUAAUUCCCUACGUUACGGACACGGAACUUGUAUAGUGAAAUGAGCCUGGAUUGGACUGCUUGUACAGGGAAUUGGUAACUGGUUUGAUAUGCAUAUGGUAUAUUUUCGAUCAAUAUUUUCAAGUGAGCUGUUAUUUUUAAACUUCUCUUUAAUUUGCUAGCGACUACAUCCUACCGCUAUUUAGAGUCUUUUGGUCGCAGAAUAAGAAAGCCGUUAACAUGCUUUGAUGAACGCUAUUGAGGGCAGCUGUGUUUGAUAAUUCUUAUAAGGUGCUGUUAUUCUAUAGAUGUGGAGAUGUAGAACUCUGUAUAAUUUACCACUCUGUGUUGAUAUUUGGACGGUUUUCUAGGAGUGAUAUUCCCGAUUCAAGUGUCUCAUAACGUAUUGAGAUGUAAGAUAUGUGUGGAUGCAUUGCAAGGUAAUGCCAAUAGUCUAUAACUGUGUAACUUGAUGUUUGGACUCUAUGGAAGACAGACUCACUGACUGUAACUCAUGCGUAUAACAUUUUGCAUAUUUAAUACGAAAAUGUUAUCCAAUUCCACUGAUUCGAAUUUCACGAAGACUUGAGUUAAAAUCCAGUUAACAUUUCGCUGUAUAAAGGUCGUUCGUCCACCCAGUUGACUGUAUUGCUACGAUGAAUGGUGCACGUCCGUUUUCCAACUUGGGAUUUCCCAAAGAGCAAGUGAUAUAUGAGAAGGAUGUGAGAGAUAGUCAGGAAAGUAUACUUCUUGGCAAGUCGGACAGCAAUAAGCAUGAUGUAUUCCGGUAUUCAAACUUGAAAGUAAAAGUGGAAUAUCUGUGCGUGUUUUAAUUGCUUCAUUCUCAGUGUUUUUCUCGAGUAACGCAAGCCAUACAAGAAUAGUCUUACUGGGGCUAUUCGGCGCAGAGUUGUAACAAAUGUUAACAUAUUAGUACGUUUAAGCCCUAAGAAAAAUUUCCUCUAGAUUUCCUCGAGAAAAUAAAGAAGAAGAAAAUAUUA